AUGUCGACCGCCAAACGCCAGUCGACCGUUCCAGCUGGACCGAAACCCCCUGUUAAUUUCUCUUCGACAGUCACCAUUCCGAAAGACGCUGUUCUCCAGGGCACGCACUCCAUCACAAUCCAGUCCGAAACGCUUAUCCAUCCUCGUGCACGGCUCGACUCGAACCUCGGCAGCAUUCUGGUCGGUCGACGCAGCAUUGUGCAAGAGCGGGCCCAGAUCGGCGUGGAACCUCAGAAUAUUGACGCUGCCGUCCCAGGCGGUGUCUCUUUGGGCGAUUAUGUUGUGGUCGAGGUGAACGCUGUCAUUGAAGCUGGUGGCACUGAGAUCGGGGACGGCUCCGUGGUUCAGGUCGGCUCACGCAUUGGCAGUGGCGCGAAGAUUGGAAAAGACUGCACAAUUGCCGCCAGAGCGACUGUAGCGCCAGGCACGGUGCUGCCAGAUCAGACUGUGGUCUUAUCGAACGGCCAACAGCGUGCCGACAAAAGACUCGCGGAUGCUCGAAAGCUGAGCACUUUGAAGCAGAUUAACGUCGUCAGAAAGAUGAUUCGCAACGAUCAGGACAAGUUUAAGUGA